GUGUGGCUUGAGCGAGAACAGGAAGAGCUCCCAGAUAGACAACACAGAAAGCCGGUGUAUUUUUUCUACUGGAUUUCUGCAAGAAAGAAAGCCCUAUGGCUGCGGGAGGGAUGAAACUGUGGAGUUUAUGCUGUCUGCUCUUGUGUUUAGUAGUGACAGUGCUCGCCGGGAGAGAUUUCUACAAGAUCCUCGGAGUCAGUAAAUCAGCAUCGAUCAAAGAGAUCAAAAAAGCCUACAGAAAGCUGGCCCUGCAGCUCCAUCCUGACCGAAACCAAGACGACCCCAAAGCCCAGGACAAAUUUGCAGAUCUUGGAGCGGCUUACGAGGUGCUGUCCGAUGAGGAGAAGAGGAAACAGUAUGAUGCUUAUGGAGAGGAUGGACUGAAAGAAGGUCAUCACAGCUCACACGGAGAUAUAUUUUCUAGUUUCUUUGGGGACUUUGGGUUUGUGUUCGGUGGAAACAGACAACAGCAAGACCGAAACAUUCCAAGAGGAAAUGACAUUGUUCUGGAUCUUGAAGUUACACUGGAGGAGGUUUAUUCCGGAAAUUUUGUAGAGGUGGUGCGAAACAAACCUAUUCCGAAAGAGGCUCCAGGCAAAAGGAAAUGCAAUUGUCGCCAGGAGAUGAGAACCACACAGCUCGGGCCAGGCCGCUUCCAAAUGACCCAGGAAGUAGUCUGUGAUGAAUGCCCCAAUAUUAGGCUUGUGAAUGAAGAGAGGACACUAGAGGUGGAGAUAGAGCAGGGAGUCAGGGAUGAUACAGAGUACCCCUUUAUUGGUGAAGGUGAACCCCAUAUCGAUGGAGAGCCUGGAGAUCUUCGCUUCCGCAUCAAAGUCUUGAAGCACCCAGUGUUUGAACGGAGAGGCGAUGACCUUUACACAAACGUCACCAUCACUCUGGUAGAGGCUCUGGUUGGCUUUGAAAUGUAUAUCCCACAUUUGGAUGGCCACAAGGUUCAUAUUGUUCGAGAUAAAAUUACCAAGCCUGGAGCUCGAAUCUGGAAGAAAGGUGAAGGACUUCCCAAUUUCGACAACAACAAUAUCCGUGGCUCGCUUAUAAUAACCUUUGAUGUAGACUUCCCCAAGGAGCAGUUUAAUGACAAGGAGAAAGCUGAAUUGAAGCACCUGUUGAAUCAGACACCGUCACAGAAGGUUUACAACGGUUUACAGGGAUACUGACACACCAGCCAACAAAACCAGGACUGAUUACCCUGUCAACUUCCAUACACCAUAUAAACACACAAAAAGAAGCAAGCAUGGAGGGUUUAUUUAUUUUCUAAGAUUGUACUCAGGAGAGGUUGUCUGUACGUGUGUUUUUUUUUUUUGUUUGUUUGUUUUUUUUUUUUUUAAUUUUCGAUUUGGGGAUUUUUUAAAAACAGUAAGGUUAUGGAAAGCAACAAAUUUUUUUUUAAUCUUUUUUCUCCCUUUGGUGAUUAUGGAUUCACUGUUUGCAUUACAGUUUAAUUGUCUUUUCUUCUUGGCCAACCACUACCUAUUAAUGAAUCAGCACUGAACAGGAACUGAGCUGCCACAGGAAAACACAACGAGAAAGACCGAAGCUUUAUUUCAGAAGACACUUUUUUUGUAUGUUGUCAAAGCCGAAUAUUUCUCUUCCUAAUUUUUCAGAAUGGAUUUCUAUGAAUGUUUUGUUUGUUUGUAGAAGUUAUACUUCCUUCUUGGAGUAUUUUUUUUUUUCCCUUAUUCGGACAUGUUUGUUCAUUGUAAGAUAUUUCAUUCAUCCUUUUCAAUUUUUAACAUGUCAGACGUUGCCUCCAUGACCUUGCCUAUUAUUAAAAUUUUGCAUCUGCUCCUGUUAAGUCCCAUCCCGGUAUGUUUCCACCAAGAGACUACUGCACUAAAAUUGCCCAGGUGGCUGAUAGGAGGAAGGUUUACAACAAUCACAAGAAGACCUCAAUUAAAGGUUUAUAAUGAUGUUUCAA